CCAAGGAGGAAAGGCAGGGCAGGGUGCUUGUCUCUGCUUUUGUUUUGCUUUGAGCUGGGAGCUGUGCAGAGCUCAGGUCCAAGCCCUCCCCCCCCCCCAGCUCUGAGUGAAACUCCCCCUUGGAGCUCGGUUCCUUUUUGUUUGUUUUGAAUCGAAAGUUUUGGAAAAGGCUCCAGCUGGCAGGGGGCGGGGGAAGGACGGGAAGAAGUUUUCAAGACGGCUCCAGCCUUUUGCCUAUUGGACCAAAGCCUCUCCCCGCAAGUUCUGUGCUUUUUCCAGUUGUAUUUUCCCCCCACCGGCUGCCGGGUUGUUUCUCCGCAGCGCGGCACGGAAGGGCCCCCAGGCGCACGGCCCGCGGCGAUGCUCUAGGGUCCGCUGAGAUGCGCUAGAGGCAGGGCCAGGGCCCGUCCAGGGGAGCGGCCGGGAGCUGGGAGGAACGGAGCCGCUGGGGCAGGGCAGGGCGAUCGGGAGAAGAGGAGGAGGGAGAGGAAUCGCUCGCGGCUGGAGGCUGGGGAGCGAGCCCCGCGCACGGAUGCGGCCUGCAGUGCAGCUGAACCCCGCCAUGCUGCUUCCAUCUCUGAAGAUGCUCCUCUUCUUCCUCGCAGGUUUGCCAGUCGUGGUGUCUCGAAGCAGCAAGCUGCACAUUUCACGCAGCGACCCCGAAGUCGUCCUCAGUCUCUGGAGCAACUUCUCACUGACGUGCUCGGGGGAGGCCGAGGUGGUCUGGGAACGAGACUUGCAGCCCAUAGCCGCGCCGCUGGAGUGGAGAGACGGCACCUUCUCCAGCACGCUCACGCUCUGGAACGUGACAGGCAAUGACACGGGGGAGUACGUCUGCACCUACAACCAAUCCCAGAACCAGGAGAAACAGGCUGUCUAUGUCUUUGUGCCAGACCCGUCCAUCGUCUUCCUCCCCACAGGUCCCGAGGAACCAUUCGUCUUCAUCACUGGCUACAGCGAGGCCACCAUCCCGUGCCGUGUGACUGACCCCCAGACCACGGUGACUCUCUAUGAGAAGAAGGUGGAGAACCCAAUUCCCGUGGUCUAUGACAGGCAACAAGGCUUCACGGGGUUCUUCGAAGACAAGACCUACAUCUGCAGGGCAACGCUGGGCGAGCGGGAGGUGGACUCUGACGCAUAUUACGUCUACAGAAUCCAGGUCUCGUCCCUCAAUGUUUCCAUCCGCGCGGUGCAGACCAUGGUGAAGCAAGGCGAGAACAUCACCGUGAUGUGCACUGUGAGCGGCAACGAAGUGGUGGAUUUCAGCUGGUUUUACCCUCGCAAGGAGGCAGGUAAGGCCGUGGAGCCUGUGACGGACUUUUUGCCUGGAUCCAGCCAUGACAUCCGCUCCACCGUGACCAUCCAGAAUGCAGAGCUGGAGGACGCCGGCACCUACAUCUGCCACGUCUCUGAGGUCUACCACCAGAAUACGGACAAGAAGGACAUUGAGGUCAACGUGAUCGAGCGUGGCUUUGUGAGGUUCCACACUGGUCUGAACGACGUCGAGUUUGCCGAGGUACACAAGAGUCGCAUCAUCCAGGUGCAGAUCGAGGCCUAUCCGCAGCCAACCAUCCUGUGGCUGAAGGACAAUGAGACCCUGAGGGUGGGGAACAGCAGCGCAUUCAUCAUCACCAGCAAGAACCUGUUGGAAAACAGGUGAGGUACCAAACCGACUCUGACCCUGGUGCGAGUGAAGCAGAAUGAAGGGGGAUUCUACACCAUCCGGGCAUCCCAUGAGGAUGACACGCAGGAGAUGUCCUUCUACCUGCAAAUUAACGUGCCCGCCAACGUGUUAUGGCUGAAGGAGAACAGCAAUGCCAGCAGUGGGGAGCAGACCGUCACGUGUUUCACUGAAGGGAUGCCCCAGCCAGAGCUCAUGUGGUUCACCUGCAGUGACAUCAAAGGGUGCGGCACCAAGGAGCAGCCCACCAGGGUCCUGGGGAACAACUCAGAGGAGAUCAGCCUGCAGACCAGCUCCAUGUACCACGAGACGCUGAAGGUUUACAAAGUGAACAGCACGCUGCGGCUCCGCAGGGUGGACCAAGACCUGCUCAUCAGAUGCUCUGUGCAGAAUCUCCUGGGCAAUGAUUUUGAGGACAUCACCCUGGUCCCACACGGCUGGCCCUUGAAGGUGAUCAUCAUCUCAAUCAUCCUGGCCUUGGUGGGAGUGCUUGCCGUCAUCUGCCUGGUGAUCCUCAUCGUCCUGAGGCUGAAGAAGCCUCGCUAUGAAAUCCGCUGGAAGGUGAUUGAGUCGGUCAGCUCCGAUGGACAUGAGUACAUCUACGUGGAUCCCAUGCAGCUCCCCUACGACUGCAGCUGGGAGCUCUCCAGGGACAAGCUAGUGCUAGGGCGCACUCUCGGAUCCGGAGCCUUUGGCCGAGUGGUGGAGGCAACGACCCAUGGCCUGAGCCAUUCGCAAUCCACGAUGCGAGUGGCCGUGAAAAUGCUCAAAUCUACNGCCAGGAGUAGCGAGAAGCAGGCCCUGAUGUCUGAGUUGAAGAUCAUGAGCCACCUGGGGCCUCACCUAAACAUUGUCAACUUGCUUGGAGCCUGCACCAAAGGAGGCCCCAUCUAUAUCAUAACAGAGUAUUGCCGCUAUGGAGACCUGGUGGACUAUCUGCUCCGGAACAAGCACACCUUCCUCCAGUACUACACCGAGAAAGCAAGGCGAGAGAUGGAGGUGUAUGGGAAUGCCUCCGAAGAGGACAAGGUGUACAGCCUCACCUCCUUCUCUAUCGAAAGCGACGGGGGCUACAUGGAUAUGAGCAAGGAUGACUCCCUGGACUACGUUCCCAUGUCUGAUAUGAAGGGAGAGAUCAAGUAUGCUGACAUUGAGUCCUCCAACUACGGCACUCCCUACGAGCUGGACAGCUAUUCCCCCUCAGCUCCCGAAAGGACGGACCGCGUGACCCUGAUAAACGAGUCCCCACUCCUCAGCUACACAGACCUGAUUGGGUUUAGUUUCCAGGUGGCCAACGGGAUGGAGUUCCUCGCAUCCAAAAAUUGUGUGCACCGAGACCUGGCAGCAAGGAACGUCCUCAUCUGCGAGGGGAAGCUGGUGAAGAUCUGUGACUUUGGCCUGGCCAGAGAUAUCAUGAGGGAUUCCAACUACAUCUCCAAAGGCAGCACCUUCCUGCCUUUGAAAUGGAUGGCGCCUGAGAGCAUCUUCAACAACCUCUACACAACCCUGAGUGAUGUGUGGUCUUUUGGGAUCCUUCUCUGGGAGAUAUUUACCCUGGGUGGGACUCCAUACCCUGAACUACCCAUGAAUGAGCAGUUCUACAAUGCCAUCAAAUGUGGCUACCGAAUGUCUAAACCCACCCAUGCUUCCAACGAGAUCUAUGACAUCAUGCAGAAAUGUUGGGAAGAGAAGUUUGAGAUAAGACCUUCCUUCUCUCAGCUGGUGGUACUUAUGGGGAACCUCCUGGCAGAUGGAUACAAGAAGAGGUACCAACAGGUCGAGGAAGAGUUCCUGAAGAGUGACCACCCUGCUGUUCUGCGCACAAGGCCCAGAAUCCCCGGGGUCAGCAGCGCCGGGCUCACCCCCAGCUCCGGCACCGGAAGUGUCCUCUAUACAGCCGUGCAGCAGGACGAGGGGGACAAUGAGUACAUCAUCCCCCUUCCUGACCCCAAGCCCGACGGAAUCGACGACGCCCCUCAGGAGGCUUCGGUCAGCCGGGCCAGUUCUACUCUGAACGAAGUGAACACAGCAUCCACAAUAUCCUGUGACAGCCCCCUGGACCUACAGCAGGAAGGGGAACAGGAGGAACCUGAACCGAAGUCGGGCUGCCAGGAGCCAAGCCAAGGGCACCACGACAUGGAAGAGAGUUUUCUGUAGAAAGGGCAGGGCUGAUGCUACCCCACACCCUACCAGUGAGACCAGCUGGGAGGCAACCAAACUUGGUGGAGAACCUGGACGAGUGCUUCUUUAUCCCGCCCUCCAUCCCACCUCCCAGCCCAACGUGGACUAUAGAGGCACCGUUCCCCUCCCCCAGCCUCACUGCCACACUCCACCCCAUUGAUCAAACUACUGAGACGAGGCGGGGUCUCCUCACAGACAAACCUCUUCUCCUCACAGUGAAGCCUGCAGUGCUCCCAGACCAAGGGGCAGGGCUCCAGCGGGUCUCCAGAGGAGAUGCUGCCAUUCACUCCAUUUAUUUGAUAUCCCAGCCUCUUUCCCGCACCCCGGUGCAACAGGUGGCUCUGAAUUCCAGUGUCCAUCUGGGCCGAAGCUGCCUCUUUGAUGUUCUGCGUAUCCGCCACGCUGUGGUACAACUGCCAUACAUGGCUGGGCUGGACAGACCGAUUCCUUGCAGCUCCCUGGUGGGGCGUCGGGAAGCCGAUAGGCCAGGCCCCAGUCACUAGAGAACAGGAUCAUACUGAUUGGAUUCUCUCUCAAGCACAGCAGAGCUAUUAUAGCCGCUGAGGAGAAACGAGCCAUGGAGAAUCCAGUCACCAGGAGAAACCAGUCACGUUCUUCCCCUCUUGUCCUCUCCAGCCUUUCUGAGAGGAAUGCGGCACCACAAGCACUGUGGUACAGGUACCUGUGGCACUGGGCCACAAUGCUGCAUUAGCACCCUUUUCCUCCACCCACAAGGAGAUGUCAUAGGCUGACCCUCUUUCUGCCCACAACAGCACCCUGGGUUCCUAUGGGCCUGCCAGGAAUCAGGGAUGCUCUGAUAAUGACUCUGUUGUGGCAGCAACAGCACAUUCCAGCGUUAUCUUCCUUUGUGUGGACUCUAAGCCUAGAUAGUCUCCAUAUCGCUCAUUUAAAGGGAACAAAUAAGAUCUCUUAAUUCACUAGCCAGGGCCAGUAUAGAAACACAAAUGGCUAUUCAUUAAUCUUCUAGUGCCACGGAACCUAUUUCACCUGCUGGGAAAGUCUCUCAGCCCAACUGGCUCCAGAAUCUUUGUUUUAUCUUUGGGAAGCAGUGGUAUGACGUUGAUGUUACUUUGUUCAUUCGAGUUCCCCUUUCUGUGCCGUCUGGGUCCCUCACGUGAAUUGCAGCCUCUUGCCCUAGGUGAGUAACCAGGCUGCAUAAACACAAGCCCAGGCGAUCCAGGGACAGCGAGAGAGAGAGAGAGAGAGAGAGAGAGAGGUUGUGAAGUCAUCUGAGAGCUGUAGAGGGUUUAUGGUCCUGCCACUUACAGUCUCUUUGACUGUACAAAUACAUGGGGGGAAGCCAACUUUUAAACAACAAGCAGCAUUUGUGUUUGCCAGGAGCAGCCGUUCUCAUGCUGACAGGAUCCAUGGAGCCUUGCAGGAUGGUACAUUUUGGGAACCAAGCAGAGGAGGAAGGAUCAGGUUGUCGGAUGGGAAGUGGGCCUAAGACAGGGACUUUCUCUUAGAAAGUGGAAUGCAGAAUGGAAAUGUUGGAGAACCUCUCGUCUUGCUUCAAACCCCUCCUCUACCCCAUUGGCAGGGCUGUGACCUGUAGCGCUCUGAGCUUCCACUCGUUAGUCGAAGAGUUAAACCAGGUGGAAAACAAGGAAACCAUGAAAAUCCCCCAAAACAGGAAGGUUAUGACAAUGUCUUCAGCUUGGAAACCAGCAUUUUCUCCCUUUUGAAUAGCAUCAAAUUGCUUAGCACCCUUUUCCUCCACACCCACAGCUCCUUCUAGCUCAUCCACUUCCCUGUCCCUCUCACACACAUGGUGGCUGUGCUCUUAUUAACAGAGAUGGUUGGAAAUGUUCACAUUUUCAAUGACGUUCUUUGUGGAGGUUUGUCGGCCAGUUUAUAGAGCCGUCUAAAACUGUCCACCGAAAAACAUUGACAAUUUUGGUGUGUUUUCCAAUCAGCUCUAGUUAAUGGUGACAGAUUUGUAAAGUUAAAUCAAGAGGAACAGGUACCUGUGGCGGGAAGGGUUAUGUUUUUAAUAAAAUGUGAAAGCUAAAUGUAGCACUGUUAGUGGUAGCCAGCCAAGUGCUACUGCAAUACUGCAAACCAUGGCCAGAGGUGUUUCUCUAUUUCCUGCAAGUAUGGUCAGAUUUCUCAUAUCCCAUCAUCCUCAGGAAUCAUUCUGUGAAUGGCAACUCUUUUCCUACACACGCAUCCUCUUGAUCGUAGUGCAAGAUCCACGUUCAGUGGACAUGACUCAAGAAAUGCCCCAAACCACAGGGAAGCAACAUAGAUCGUUGGGGUUAGCCCACGUUUCCUCGGUUUCUUAGGUGCUCUGUAGGGCACAAGCCACCACAGCUUCAGCCAGGUGAAGGGAUACUGCUCUUAUCAAGUAUCCCAUCCCAUCUCCUAGAACUGGAAGGGACCUUGACAGGUCAUCGAGUCCAGCCCCCUGCCUUCACUAGCAGGACCAAGUACUGAUUUUGCCCCAGAUCCUCAAGUGGCCCCCUGAAGGAUUGAACUCACAACCCUGGGUUUAGCAGGCCAAUGCUCAUACCACUGAGCUAAGUAGUUUGUGUUGUGUUUUUGUCCCAGCUUUCUAAGACCUCUCAAUCUGGGUGGAUUUAAUAGAUCCCCUCUAUGGUCAGAGCCUUUAUCUGCCAGGGCAGAUUUCUCUUUUUAUGAUGCCCCGUGCUACUACUUGAAAUAGAACCUGUGAUUUAAAGAACCCAUUAGCUCCUGCCCACACAGCAGCCCUAAGCAAAAUUUAGCUGUACAAAUCUGACCUUGUGAAUCUGGGGCUAGCAGGAAGUCUGGCAAAGGUGUGCUGGUGCUGAACACUGUCUGGCUACUUCCAGCUCCAUCUGGGCUUGACAUGAAGAGUUUGAUUUGCCUUCUGCUCCGCUGGGCUGGAAAGCUUUUUUGGUUUCACAUCCUGCCGUGAGUGUGCAGAGACUCGCUGCCUUGUGUCAGAGUGAGACGCCCCCUCGGAUAAGGGCAGACAGUGCUGACCAGGUGAGCCUCCCCCAAGGUAAGAGUCCAGCUGGGUAGCCUCAGGAACACCAAGAAGGGAAAACCCUUUUCAAAGAAAGGAGUCUGCUUUUUUUUAAUUCCCAACCAGCCAAUGGGUACAAUGGUGGCAGUUCCAUGGGCAAAGUACACCUAUCCCUUACAGUUUCCAGAAGAAAUUCCGUGGCCAACAUCUGCCAGGCAUUAAGGUUCACACCCUCUCUCUCUCUCUCUCUCUGCUUCUGAAAUUCCCACCUGGAUCCGUCAGACUUCUGGGAACGACAAAUGUUUUAACCCAUCUGUUGCCAUCAAUUUUGUAGCCAUAAUUUGUCCUGAAGGGAACCAAUUCCUCUAGGGUUUUUAUUUUAUAUUGUUACUAUUUUUGUUUGUUUUUAAUGUUGGGGGAUGGGUCCAAACUGAACCCCUUUUCCAAGGACCCCAAAUGAUGGAGUCUCCAGAACCCCCAAAGGGAACCCAGUGCUGCAGUUUGGGCCCAUCGCCGGUAUAUUUUUUUAACUCCUAUUUUAAUCUGCAAUCAUUACAAAGUUAUCCGCUCCAAUAUAUGCACUUUCCUCCUGCCAGUCACGAUUUCUGUGCAUCCAGGAGUCUAUUGCUACACUACAGUGUCUCUCUCCAUAUUUAAGAUGCUGCUCAGACUGACAUGUUUGACUUUUUAAUGUUUGUCAUUUUCAGUUGGGUGGGUUUUAUGUAAGGAGAGUCGUGUUUAGUGUUUUGCAUCACAUAAAGUCUAGAGCACAGUGGACUUUACUUGGAACUGAGUUGUCUCUAUUCACCUCUGCGGGGACCAGCAGGUCCUUGGUGGAGUCGGAGCAGUGAGAUGGGAGCUAGACUUGCAGUGGCAAGGAGCAAUCGGUAGAAAGUUGGCCAAAACUGGUGUUAAAGACCCACCUAAUUUAGGAUCACCAACUCUCUGGGAGGUACAGCACCAACGGGCAGGAAGUAUCUUGAUAAGUGUUGGAUGGAGAUCCUGGGGAACGCCAUGUUAUGUCAGUCCACAAUACUGGACUAAGCAGGGGAGGGAUAUCUCAUAGCUGUAUCCUUUUGGGAGAGAUUUGCCACAGCCCAAGCACCGGGGAGGGAGGGGAUCCCUUCCUUGUUCCACUGCACAGAGGUUAGAGAAAGAACUAGACUAGCAUGUCAUUAGUCCAUCGCCUCCUCCCAGCCAUGCAGGGUUGUUCCCUACAGGAUUCCUGCUCCAGCUGAGUUUUAACUGAGUUUGACCCUAGCCCUUGCCUCAUAGCAAGACAGGUGGCAGUCCCAGAACAGGUGGGGAGCGAAGAGUGACUGGCCACCUGCUCCCGCUCUUCCCCCAUAAAGGGAGGGGGAAUUUAAAGAGACAGAGCCUUCAUUUUCACCCUUCCAUCUUCCCCCACAUCAAUUGAUGCCAAUCCCAGCUUUGCCGGUUUUUGCAAAGGGGUUAAAAUAUUGGCACAGGCUCACACAACCGCCACACACACACGCAGGGUACCAGGGAAAUGCUCUCCUUUCCCCACUUUAGGUUUAAGAUAAUGCUAGGAGUGUGGCUGGCUCCUGACCCUGCCCUACAGCGCUGGCGACCCUAAAUACGACCCAGUGGUUUAUCUGCAGUGUUUCUCUUCAGACAGCAGAAGGGCAACUGAUCUUCAGCUUCCACAUCACAUUGCUGCAGGUGGCAACUCUGCUCCAUGGCCCAUGAGACCAAGCUGCUGCAGCCCCUGGAUUUCCAGGCCUGUACGGACACUUAGGUCAAGCCUAUCAGAAACCUGAGCUGCAUCAGACAGGUGACUGACACAAGCUACACAGCAUGUCCCACUGACGGCAGCAGCUGGAAAUGUAACAGAUUGGGAGGGGGGAGAACCAUUAAUGAAAUUCUGCCCAGUGAGAUCAAACUGCAGUGGAAUGAGCCACCCAUCUCCGUGGCAUGUCUCCUGGGCUGCUCCUCCCCUCACUUUCAAGCCUCGUUAUAUGCUCAGCCGCUUCCUUCCUGCUUGCAGUGAUUUCAGACGUAGCGCAUCUCUAGUUCCUCUAAUCUUGUUUCAACCUUCUGCGUUUCUGAAGGUAUUCAAUGGGUAGGAGCCAAAGUGCAAAGCGCCAGGGCAGAACCGGCACGGGACAUCUGACCGGCUGUCUCUUCGGUCAUGCCCUGGGCUUCAUGUGGCAGUGCCGGAAUGGAGGGGAACACCCUGCAGGGAAGGGACAGUGGAUUAGGAAGCAGGUUAUCUUGAGCCGUGAUGGCCUGAUGCAGAGUUAAAUGAAAGAGAAUCACAUCUUUUGCUUGGAGCCACUCAGCAAUGCCAUUUUUAAAGAUGAAGUUACAUUGAUGCUGGUACUCUGUGCUCAUGCAAUCUUGCAGUCAUGGUCACCUCCACGCCUUAUAGACGGGGAACGUUGGGGAGGGGCCUGCCCGCCAAGCAGACUAUCAGCCUCAAUCCAUUUGUUUCGAUCUGUGGUACUUACCUGGUCCCCAUUAUGGGGGUAUCUCUGCACCUCACAGUCUUCAGUGUGUUUGUCCUCACAGUACCCCUGUGGGCCAGGGCAGUGCUCGUAUAGCCACUGUACAGAAGGGAACUGAUGCCCAGAGAGGCUAAGUGACUUGUCUAAGGUCACACAAGGAGUCUGUGAUAGAGCAGGGAAAUGCACCCAAGACUCCCAAGUCAGCACCCUCCCCACUGGCCCAGUUCAAUGGAAUUCCCCGUUUCCCUUGGAGGAGCAAACCCUGCACUCAGACACGCCAGUAUAAAUCUGGAGUGCCCGAGCAUAGGCAUGGAGUUGUUCUAGGUUUGCUCCUGGGUUACUGUGAGAAGAGCUUGGCCAGACGUGUGAUUCGUUCCCUCUAGGCUUGGGGGAUGAAUGAAACUGAGGAGCCAAGCAGUGGAAGGGCCCAUGACACAGGGGACUGGUCUGUCUCACUCCCCUGCCCCUGUUUGCUGUUUCCCCCUUUACAGACUGCACUACCAAUUCCAACGCAUUAGUGAGUUUGCCCAUUGAUUUCUCUCUCUCUCAGCCCCUCCCUCGCCCCCGCACGGUACAAUAUGGAUAAUCUGUUGGGAUUGCACCUUUUUAUAGCACGUUAUUAGGCCUGUGUGGAAUCUCUGAACAGAAACAGCGCCUGUAUUUGCAUUUUUCCUAUUAACCUCUCCUAAGCCAUCAUGGGGGCAAGACACGGAACUGCGUUCAAACUAAGGUACCAAAGUGUUAACGUUAUCCUAGGUUUACAAAUGUAUUUGUAGAGCUCUUAUUAAGCCACAUUUAUACCGGUGAGAUAUUAUUUUUUAUGCUGUAAACUUUAUAUACAUGUUUUUAAGGAAAGAUUUUAAAAUUAAAGGUGUUUCUUCUUUUUCAA